GCCACCUUCGCAAGGUUUUGCUGAAGAGAAGGAACCUACAAAGAAGAAGAAGAAGAAGAAGAAGAAGAAGAAGAUGGCAUUGAUGAAUAGGUCGCCCUACUUCUCUCUCUUACCCAAAGCCCUUGCCUUCGUCCCUUGCUGUCAUCUGGCCGAUGCUGCCGUUUUUCUCGCAACCCAUUCUUACUCCGCCGCCUCCGGUGCUCCACAGAGCAGCUUUAUGGCUGAAUACCUGGUCAGCACCUGUGGCUUCGAUCCUGAUCAGGCGGCCAAGGCCUCGAAGCUCCUCGGCCGCGUCGAAUCCCGCCACCAGCCUGACUCCGUCCUUGGCUUCUUUAAAAGCUACGGUUUUGACAACACCCAGGUGAAAAAGGUCAUAUCUGCAAACCCCCGGUCUCUUCUCCUCGACGUGGAGAGGACCCUGGCCCCAAAGUUUCGAGCUUUGCAGGAUCUGGGCUUCUCCUGCUCCGACAUCACCCACCUCGUCGGAUCGAAUAAACACGUCAUCGGCCACAAAACCCAGACCCUCGUGUCCAAGAUCCAAUUAUUGCAAGGCCUCCUUGGGUCCAACGACUUUUUUGUGAAGUUGUGCAAGAGUAACAGGUGGUUUCUCGGGUUUAGCAUCGAGAAGAGGAUCCAGCCUAACAUUGAGAUUCUAAGGGAUUGCGGGAUCACGGAUCAGAAGCUCUCAACGAUCCUACGGCGCCACCCUCGCCUCAUAAUCCAGAAGGCUGAAGUCCUGAAGGCGUUAAUCAGGGAUGACGAGAAUUUGGGAGUAGCUUGUGCCUCGGGGACGUCCAUCCAGACUCUCAAGGUGCUCCACAGCGUCAGCAAGAAGAAUUUCACGGCUCACUUGGAGUUCUUCAAGGGCUUUGGGUGGUCCGAGGAUGAUUUCCUUGCUGCAUUCAGAAAGGCUCCUACGCUUGUGGGAGUUUCUUUAAAGAGUUUGCAGAGGAAGAUGGAGUUCUUGGUAAAUGAAGCUGGAUGUUCUCCAUCUUAUCUUGCACUUCGGCCAUAUUGUUUGUUGAUGAGUUUGGAGAAAAAGUUGAUGCCAAGGCAUCGGAUCGUGACAGGCCUGAAGUCUAGGGGAGUUUGCAUCAGUAACCUUAGUAUGGCUACAUACAUGAUAUAUCCAGAGAAGAAAUUUCUGGAGAAGUUCGUCAACUGCUACAAGGAGUAUCCAGAACUCAUUGAGUUGUAUAAUGUAGCCCCCAAAAACAGAACUGCACUUUGAUCGUGGAAAUGCAUAAUGCAUAGCACAAGCUUUUGUACCAGCAAGAUAUGUUUCCAGGUUCCAAUUUUCCACUAUCUGCAUAACAUGAUCUACAGUUUGCAACCAAAUAAUUCCUGCCAUUUACUUCGUUUUCUGUGAAUGUAAGAUGAGUUUGGAUGUAGUAAGAAAAUGAAGAAUGUCGAGAAGAUUUGUGAUGGUAUUGCCGAUAGAGUUAAUUGCUUGUUGAUAAUCACUUGUGUAGACGCCGCAUGGAAUUGUUAUUCUUGUCCCAUUCGUUUUAAGUCUACCGGAAGAUAUCAGACUUAUGUAGGUUAUUGGACACCUGAAGUUUUGAAUUGAUUUAACUAUGGAUAUUUGGUAAUUUAGGUUUCGAGUUUUGGUUAAUUUUUCAAAUGAUAAGAAGUAGGAUUCUUUUGGAUGGUAUGGUAGGAUGCUUUGGUGAUUUUCAAUUGAAGUGCUGGAAUAUACAAGUUGUCCUUUGCCAAUUUAAGCAUUUGAAUACGGGGGUGGUCUAAACUUUAUGCACUUCAGUUCAGACAGGCCAACUCCAUGUGGUCCGGCCUGAGCGACCAAGCUCCACGCGGCUGCCUAAGGUCCUGCCCAUUAAGACUGCUAGGGACUGGUUUGCAAUGUAAUGAAGUAAAUCGAUAAUAACAUUUUUGGACUCUGAAUCCAAUUUGGAUGAUCAAUAUAGUGUUAGGUGCCUCAUAAAACCUAGAUUCUCUUUAUGCUGACAUGAUGAAAUUUUAAUAUGCUGUUAUUAGUUCAUAUUUCUUUUGGCAAUCAAUUUUAUAUUGAUGCAUCUAUUGUAGCCUAUAAUUGACGCAUAUUAAUAUUUGUUAGAAGUGUCAUAAUGCAUAAGUUGGACGCUUGAGCAUGUGAAAGGAUGUUGUUGCAUGGCUGUGCAGCAUGUUGAUAUAUACAUAUAUGGAUGAUUGAACAACAUUGUCAUUAUUAGUAGGCAAUUUUGAAAGGGACUAGUAGUCGUCAAACAUGCUUAUAAGAUAUUCCUUGCAUCUAUAGAAAGAUGUAUUUCUACUGUUUCCGGGCACCACUUGAUCCUAGUAACGGACUAAUAGCAGGGAAUGUGAUAUGAAUUUAGUCUAUAAGGGGGUUGCUUCAUCCUGAGCAGUCGGACGAGUUCCGAUGCAGCAAAGUGCACUGAUGGAUGUGCUUUUCUCAUGAUGAAUUUAUGAUCCGUAGCUGGGGAGCUAAGGAUUGAGAAGUGUUCGGUUCUAGCAAGGUAGGUACUUGGUCAAAUUAAACUGAAGCACUGCAUACUCUUGUUGAGUUAUCGUGAUCAAGAGAAGUUUUAGAUGACUUGCACCCUAUCGCAUGUUGAUGAUCGUAGGGAUGUUUUCCUAACAAAGGCUUGACUCAUUAUCAGCGAAGAAUUAUACAUGUACUGUACCGCCUCAGAACUAGCUGCUGGAUAGGGCCAGGUUCUUCCAGUAGGAAAAGACUGAUGCUCUUUGGAAGGCUUGAUACUUUUUGUGGGGGAUUUUGUCUCUAAAAGGACUGAGAUCCUUUCAACUUGUAGAACUAUAUAUGUUCUAGGUUUUUAUGCCCUCUAAAAUUGCUCGCUAAACAAGAAGAUCAAUUUAUUUUUUCUCGUUAUUAUCAGGUUUUGUUGGUAAUGCGGUAUCAUCCCUGCUUCCC